AUGGCCGACGCAUUGGAAGAAAGCUUCACGCUUGAAGACUUGGAAAUCAGUCAGAUAGAGGAGUUAGCGACGUUGCCUAACGUUGACAAUAUUACAACGUGUACAUGCCGUGGCCAUUGUCUUCGAGAAAGGGGAAGAAACUUUUGUCCGUGUAAGAGUCUUGACAAGUUUUGUUCGAGCGCUUGCCACGGCGACGAUUUCGGCGAGGCUUGCAUGAACAGUCGAAGGGUCAAUGAGAGUGAUAGCGACAGUUCAGAAGAUACGACGGUAAGGAUGAACUCUUAUUCGGUUUGUACCGUUUAAUAUAUAUAUAUAACAAGAUAAAUAGACACUUUACAGACCACAUUUUUGUAAUUGCGGUUAUGGUAAUCGCCGAAUCAUUAUAAAUGCAGACCAUGUGAUGUUUUCGUUCUUUUGUCGAACACAACUUUAUAUUAUGAAGUAUUUGAACCGUAUCUAAAUAUCAUUAAAAUACGAUCUCGGCGUCUGGUACAGAUCAUAAAGUAAACUGAUAUGUAUAUAUAUUUAAUAUAUAUAAAUAUGAUUGCUGAUACUGAGUGUCUGCAUUCGCUUGUCAUUAUAUUAUUAUCAUGAAAUAGCCAAAUAUUUUGCAGUUUUUAUAGAUGUUCAAUCAUGGAACUUCGUUUAUAUACUCAAUAGUAAUACUGUGCCUGAAUCUCGAGUCGACCUAUGGCUGCAAUGUGGAAUCUAACUAUUAAUUUGAAUUUGAGAUUAUUUUGUUCUAUUUUAUUAUGAUAAAAAAUUUAAUACUGUAUGUCAGGCAUAAUCAAAGGCAAUGGAUACAGUAUAAAAUAAUCUAAGACUUGUAACAUAAUGUCGUUUUGCAACCAAUUGAUUGUUAUAGGGCUCCAACUUCUCUUUGCAAGGAAGAGAUGAAGUUGAGGAUGACAAUGAUGAAGAGCUUGACUAUGCUGGCCAUGAGCUGAAUAAUAAUGAACAAGGACGGGGCAGAGGAAGGGGCAGAGGAAGAUGACGGGGCAGAGGACAAGGUAGAAGACGGGGCAGAGGACGGGGCAGCAGACAAGGGAGAGGUGAAGGUGCAGAUUCUUUACAAGCAAGACCAAGAAGAGGUCGCAGACAGCUUGUCCCUGAAGAAAAUGCAGCACAGAAUCAGGCCAAUCAUGAAGAACAAUUAGUGGUAAUGCUUUAUAUUUAGUAAUUUAGUGACAAGGCAUGUUUUUCACACACUGCUGGGGGACUGUGUUUAAGUGGGCACCAGGCUGUCCGAGAAACUUUUUUGUUUGCCUCGUACAGUAUCAACCUGACUUAUUUCCUGCCGACCCCAUAACAGAAGGAAAGUGUUACUAAAGAGUUAUUCCUUUAUAGUAAUUUGAUAUAAGCUAAUAAGCAAAAACAAAGAAUUUGUGUUUUGAAAAUUAGAGUAUGCACUUUCAUUUGUGAUCAUUUACAGCAUUUUUGCUGUAACAAAAAAAUCCAUGUUACAAUUAGAUACUAUUUUCAUUAUAUCAGAAUAGAGUAAUAGACCAAAAUAGAUUUAGUACAAUAAUUAACAACUAAUAUUUACAAAGUCAAUAAUGUAAAUUGAUACAAGAAUAACAAGAUAAAUAUAACAACCUAAAGGUUGAACAAGACAGUUGGCUUAUCCUUAUGACAGUAAAUUAAAUAAUUAAUAUAUUACACAUUGAAGACAAUUAUCUUUUUAUUGUAGAAUCUUGUGGAGGGCCUUAAUGUGGAUGAUCUGAGGAGGUUGGCCUUAGAGUUGCUACGACGACAACCAGCAGCAUUUGCUGACAUAGUUAAUGGAGAACUUGCUGCUGGAGAUGGGUUACCUGCAGAUCCGCCAAAUCCCCCUCCAAAUGAAAAUGUGCCAGAGUGGUGCAAGUGUGGGCAUUGUGUUGUAAUGCCUACACAGGAAGAAAACAAGUGUUGUACCCAAUCAAGGCGUGCAUGUGUCACAACAACAACAUUGUUCCCACAGGUUGUAUUGGAUGCUAACAUUCUUGACAUUGCCAUGCGGUACAGGGAAGAUGUGUUGGUUUUAGACAAUGCCCGUAACAAUGAAAAUUUUCGUCAUGCAGCUUACAGGCAGUUUGUCCUUUGGCAACAUGGGCAUUUAGGAAGAGGCAACAGAAGGUUGUGCCUAGUUGUUGUGUGA